AGGUUGUACGUACAAUGGAGAUUUUUACAAGGCAUAGAUUCCCAGUUUUCAGCAUUGCAAAAAGGAUUUCAUGAAAUCAUUCCACAACAUUUAUUACUUCCCUUUGAUGAAAGAGAGCUUGAGUUGAUGAUAGGUGGUCUAGGUAAAAUAGAUAUUGUUGAUUGGAAGAAAUAUACUCGACUAAAACACUGCACAAAUGAUAGCAAUAUAACAAAAUGGUUUUGGAGAGCUGUAGAUUGUUAUAAUGAUGAGAUGAGAGCCAGAUUGUUACAGUUUGUUACUGGGAGUUCUAGGGUACCAUUACAAGGUUUUAAAGCUUUACAAGGUUCAACUGGUGCCGCUGGUCCAAGAUUAUUUACUAUACAUCAAGUUGAUAUUAAUACAGCUAAUCUUCCUAAAGCUCACACAUGUUUCAACAGAAUUGAUAUACCUCCUUAUGAGUCUUACGAGAAAUUCUAUGGAAAGUUAACUUGUGCAGUGGAAGAAACCUGUGGUUUUGCUGUUGAGUGA